ACCAAUUUUUCGAUUAAAAAAUUUUCCUCAUUUUCUUGCAAAAUAAACAAUUAAAUUGCAUUUUUGGACGAAUUUUGAUUGAAAAUAAGGAUUUUUCGACCAGUUAUCUACCGAAAGACGUCAAAAAAUGUCUGAUAAUCCGAACAUGGAUGAUUUUGGUCCCCCGGGUACUUUUUCGGGUCCUCCGCCGCCUUUAAUGCCUCCUGGAAUGAUGUCUGGACCCCCGCCAGGCAUGCAACCUCCCGGAAUGGCUCCCCCAGGCACCAACAAUCCCGGCGAAAUUCCCUCAUUGAUGUCUCUGAAGGUAGGGAAGCCGGCGGAGGAAGUUAGACAAGGUCCCCCGAAAAAAGACGUUCUCGUUCUCCCAAAAGCGCUUGAAGAUGUCUUGGCAAUUAAGGAACAACGAGGCACGGAUUUCGGCGAAGACUUGGGAAUUCACACGAAUACGAUUGAAAACGUCGAGAACGAUGACGAGGACUCGGAUCAGGAGAACCAAGUGGAAAAUACGGUAACGACGCCAGCAAACACGAAGCCAAACAACAAAAAUCGCCGCAAAAAAGACCGAAAAAAGAAGAAUAAGCAAAAACGGAGGGAAGCACAAGAAAAAGCCUCGCAAGAAAAUGGAGGAGAAAGUCACGCAAAUGGCGACGACGACAAGGAAAAGGACGAAACUGACGAAAAUGACAACGUUGAAGUGGAUUACGUGCCCGAGCGAAUCACAAUUGCCGACUUGGCACCCAUGCAUCGUCAAUUCUAUCGCGUUUUCGAGGCAUUCCGUCUUGACACGAAACUACGAGAACCCCCAAAGGACCCAAAUGCGGACAAAACUGAGGCGAAAAAGGCCAAAGACAGCAUCCUGGAAGAGGACGACGAAGAUCUUGACGAAAAGAAAGACGAUGGAAAGGAAAAAAUCUCCAAACGAAAGCUCAAAAAAUUGACUCGCUUGAGCGUGGCGGAGCUAAAACAACUCGUUGCACGCCCGGAUGUCGUCGAAAUGCACGACGUAACUGCUCGGGACCCCAAAUUGCUCGUUCAGCUCAAAGCACAUCGCAAUACUGUUCAGGUGCCGCGUCACUGGUGCUUCAAAAGGAAAUAUUUACAAGGCAAACGCGGUAUUGAAAAACCUCCAUUUGACUUGCCGGCGUUCAUAAAAAAGACGGGCAUCAUGGAAAUGCGUGCUUCGUUGCAGGAAAAGGAGGAAGCGAAGACUUUGAAAGCGAAAAUGCGGGAAAGGGUUCGUCCAAAAAUGGGAAAAAUCGAUAUUGACUACCAAAAGUUGCAUGAUGCGUUUUUCAAGUGGCAAACAAAGCCUCGUAUGACGAUUCAUGGUGACUUGUACUACGAAGGAAAGGAAUUUGAGACACGUUUGAGGGAAAAGAAACCCGGUGACUUGAGCGAAGAAUUGCGAACUGCUUUGGGAAUGCCCGUUGGACCUGCUUGUCACAAAAUUCCGCCGCCAUGGUUGAUCGCUCAACAGCGUUACGGUCCCCCGCCAUCGUAUCCAAACCUUAAAAUCCCCGGAUUGAACGCUCCCAUUCCCGAAGGAUGUUCUUUCGGUUAUCACGCCGGCGGUUGGGGCAAACCACCCGUCGACGAGAGCGGAAAACCACUUUAUGGCGACGUUUUUGGCACAACCAACAACCCCAACGACAACGGCGUCAACGAAGACGAAAUCGAUCGCAAUUUAUGGGGCGAACUUGAAUCCGAGUCCGAAGAAUCCGAAUCCGAAGAGGAGGAAGAAGACGAAGGCGAAGAUCUGGCAAAUCAACCGGAUGAAACGGGACUCGUUACGCCCGCCGAAGGUCUCGUUACGCCAUCAGGACUCACGAGUGGCGUUCCUCCGGGCAUGGAAACGCCCGACAACAUCGAGUUGCGAAAGAAAAAGAUCGAAGCGGAGAUGGAAGAUAAUGAAACGCCCGUUUUGUACCAAGUUAUUCCGGAGAAGAAGCAAGAUCGGUUGGGCACAAAUAUGAUGGCAUCGACGCAUGUCUACGAUAUUUCGGCAGCGAUGAAUACGCGCACGACACGAACGGGCGAUCGCGAAGGCAUGGUUGAGUUGGCACUUGAUCCGUCGGAACUCGAUAUGGAUGGCGAUGCCAUGGCGCAACGGUAUGAGCAACAAAUGCGCGAAAAUCAGAGUCAUUUGCAGAAGGAAGACUUGUCGGACAUGAUUCACGAACACAUUGCCAGACAAAAGUCGAAACGGAAGCGACAACAGACCACAGAUCCCGCUAGCAAGACGCAGAAGAAAUACAAAGAAUUCAAGUUUUAGACGAUUUUUGAGGGCAGUUCACUUAGUUUUAAGAUUUUUUUUUUUGUAACGUCUCUUUUUUGUCAACAACUUGAUUCGUAAAUUAAUAAAAAUAUGA